CCAUAAUUCCUUUCUCUAUUGAAAACAGACUUCUCUGUCUCUUUCUCUUUCUCACCACUAAUGACCGAAUCAAGGAACUCCGAUUCAGAGUCAACUAGCACUACAAUCUCGGUCACUUCCUCUAAUUCCCCAACAGGAUCUGGGUCAGGAUCAAAGCGUCCAUCUUCUUCCUCUGACUCCUCCUCAGACUCUGACCUAACCAGGUCAGGAAAUAAAAGAAGAAGAACAACAACAACAACAACAUCAGACAAUACUAAUACUAAUACCAACAACAACAACAGCAAGCAUCCGGUUUACAGAGGAGUUAGAAUGAGGGCAUGGGGAAAAUGGGUUUCUGAAAUUAGAGAACCCAAGAAAAAAUCAAGGAUCUGGUUAGGAACAUUUGCUACGCCAGAAAUGGCAGCAAGGGCUCAUGAUGUUGCAGCUCUUUCUAUUAAAGGAAACUCUGCUAUACUCAAUUUCCCUGAAAUUUCCCAGCUUUUGCCACGACCGGCCACGUGCUCUCCACGCGACGUUCAGGAUGCGGCGGCAAAGGCUGCUGCCAUGGACCACUUGUUUCUGCCACCGCCGGUGGCGGCGGCGGUGGAGGCGGAGGAAGAAUCGGGUGAUGAUGAUCAUGAUGAACGACUUGAGGAAAUUGUUGAGCUGCCGAGUUUGGGAACGAGUGAUGAACUGUUGGGGGAAGAUUUUGUGUUUGUUGAUUAUGAUUUGGAGGAAUGGUUGUGUUAUCCUCAACAAUUGAAUGAUGAUGAUCAUUCAUGGUGGAAAGGAGAUUAUAAUGGGUUUUUUUCUGAUUCAAUAAUGGCGGAAAAUGAUACUUUCAUCGCCGGGGCUGGUGAUUUUCAGACUCCUUUAUGGUAACCCAAAUAAGAAUAUCAAUAUUCAAGUGAGAAUUUUGAUUUUUUUUAGUUUUCACACCAAUUUUAGAUUUUAUUUACUUCCAAUAAUUUGUUUGAUCCCCACUUCACUUUUUCUUUUUGGCUUUCAUGUGAGAGCUGAAAUUUAUGGCUUACUCACUACUCUCAUCACUCUUGUAAAAUAACUUAUUUACAAGUUUUUGUUUUUAUUUUGUUAAAUUUUAAUGUUAAUAUAUGAAAUGUAUUUGAAUAAGAAAGUGUUUAUUACAA